ACUACACAAAUAAGUCAUGAGCCCAAAAUAUCUACAACUACAUCACCUACGUAAGCAUCUGAUAAAUGCUAGAAUGUUAAGCAACUCCCGUGUCUGAUUAGAUAUGAACUCCGAGGGGAAUGCAAACAAGAAUUCGCAGCAGGUUUAGCCAUGGAUGGCGUUUCUAUCACCAAGUUCUCCCGAACGGGGGCCCCUAAAUCAAAGGGGGGUUGCGCCACGUGCAGAAAUCGAAGGGUCAAAUGCGACGAAGGAAAGCCAUAUUGUAUCCGCUGUGUCAAAGCCAAGCGAACGUGCGGUGGAUAUAACCCUGUAAAGGGGCGCUCGCGGCAGGACAACGGGCAUACCGCCCCCCUUCAAUACGCUCUAAUAAAACCCAAGAAGCUACCACUACUGCAAGCGGCAGCUAGCUCCCUUACACUGCGUGCACCCUCCUCUGCCUUCCUCGGAGAAUCUGAGAUUGAGAAGCGCUACUUCAGCUACUUCCAAGAGACGGCUACUACAGGCCUUGAUGGCACCUGGGGCUGGUCUCUAUGGAACUCGUUAAUGCUGCAGAGUAGCCACCAAGAGCCGUUCGUCCGGCAUUCUAUCAUCGCUAUCGGCGCCUUGUUAAAGUCGCAUGAAGCAGCGUACCUAGCUGGCGUGGGUCCACGUUCCGUUGUCGUCCCGUAUAUAGCGAGACUGCACCGCAGCUUUGCGUUAUCAAAGUAUGACACGGCUGUUAAGUCGAUGCGGAAAGCUAUGAGUGUGGGGAUGAGUAGUCCGCGCCAAACCUUACUUGGGUGCAUCCUCGUCGUCUGCUUCGAGAUGCUUAUUGGGAAUAGCUACCUUGCCAUCAAGCAUGCACAUUCCGGGACUUCAAUCCUUGAGCAAUGGCGAACGCAAACGCUUACGCCUAUACAAGAAGAGCGCCCACUACUCUCUCCUGCCCCGUUGGUCGUUGAGGACGAAAUUGUUGAGGCUUUCCGAAGCCUUAGCAUCCAGAUCACAACAUUGGGGAAUGAUAACGCUGCCAUUUAUACUAAGAAAACAGCGAACUACGACUGGGUCAAUAGCACGGCGCCUCUAACAUGCACCGACCUCCGUGAGACACAUGUCUAUCUCAACGAAAUCGUCUGCCGUGUCUACCACUUCAUUACCACGAUCCCGAUUCCCUCUGGAUCCAUUGUGUCCCCGAAGAAACUCGACUACGAACCUCUUCAAGAAGACUCCUCAGUGAUGACAAACAUGGUCAUCUAUAGAACCGCAUUUGAGGUCACCGAAAAUGUCAGAGCUCAGCAAGGGCAUCUUGCUCAAGAGAUAUCGAAUUGGAUGCGACUGUUUAAGCCACUUCUUGAAAGCCUAUGUGUUAAGGAGAAGGCUAAUGGGGCAACAUUCAACUGCGCUUCUCAUGUGGCGGCAAUGAUGCAUAUUCAGGCCAUCGCAACUAUGAUACUAACUGCGGGCGUGCUGGUCACGAACGAGAUGGAGUAUGAUAAGUUUGAUACUCUAUUCCUAGAACUCGUUGAUCUAGCUACGCUCAUUGUUAAACUGAGGCAACAAAGCAAGAAGGGUAAUUCUUGGGUGGGAGGACCUUGGAUUGAUAUUGGUCUUACGCCACAGCUCUUUGUGGUUGUGACACGAUGUCGCGAUCCAAUUAUACGACGAAGGGCGAUAAAGUUAUUGGAGGGGUGGUAUAUCGAAGGGUUCUGGGAUCCGGCGUUAAUUGCGCAGAUUGGAUUGUUUAUUAUGGAAGUGGAAGAGGAAGGUCUAGAGGAGGUGGACUUCGGAUGGGGGAAGCAAUCCAUCAUUCCGGAGUGGUCGAGGGCAGUAAUAUCACGGAUUAGUGAGGACUCGCAGAAACGGACUGCAUUGAUACAGUGUGUACUUAAGAGCGGUGGAGCGGAUGGGGGUCCGGUUUGGAGGGAGAAGUAUGUGGAGUGGUGAUCCUUGGCGUAGCAUACAUUCCAAUCUUGGCAGUAAUAAUUUUUGAAUAUUUGAGAGGCUCUUAUGCAGAAAGAGGCUCUUAUGCAGAAGUCGACGGCCCGGUGUCCACCGGAAUAGAUCCCCAACUUCCGUCGAUUUGCGGCAGGGUUAUUAAGUGCGGGGUGGACAUAAUGCGGGGUGCGGAGAAAUAUAGAUUGCUGUGGGGUAACAACCGCACUGGCAAAAGCUACGUUUCACUUAAACAUAAAUUAUUUGGACAGGCUGAAAGCACAAAGUAGACACGUCUCCAUACCCUCUCAAAAUGUCGCUUUGCGGAGAAUAAACACCAUGGCCUCCCCCUCGAGGCACAAGCAGAAUCGCAAAGGUCGAUCCUUCAUCAAACUCAGCAACAUUUAUACAUUCCCGUGAGCCCAUAAGCCACACCGCAAACAUGGACACUCUCAAUGUCUCCCACCAGCGGGAGUACAUGGCGCAGAUGGCGCGGCAGCGCGAAGCGCUUCUCGCCGCCUCUGCCCGUGCCGGCAAGGCGCCAGCUAAAAAGUCACGCGAAGACGUGCUAUCUACCUUCAAGAAGCAGGCGAAGCGCGCAGAGAAGGGACGCAUGCAAGCCAUUCGCAGCUCUGAGACGCAAAUCCAAUCUACAUUCGUGCCGCCUGCGUACGCGGCGUGCGUACUUCCCGUGGCGGAUCUGGAGAAGAUGGGGGUUGAUGAGUUGAGGUUGGAGACGCAUCAUCGGGGACGGUAUGUGCUGUUGCGGGCAGUGGCGGGGCCGAGUCGGAUGACCGCACUGGUGGGAGUUGGGGAGGACGAGGAGGG